AUGUUGCAAUUGAGUACCCCACGACUCAUAAUUCGGCCAUGCAUUGACGCUCACGCCCUUCGGCGUCCGCUUAUCACAUCGAUCUCAAAAUGUGCUAUACCCAGGCACCGUGGACUGCUUACCCUCGCGAUUGAGAGCUCAUGUGAUGACACGUCCGUCGCAAUCGUCGAGAAAGACCCCCCCUCCGGACAUGCAGCAACUGCAAAGGUUCAUUUUCUCGAGAACAUAACAGCGGAUACGCGAAAAUACCGAGGCAUCCACCCAAUCGAAGCGCUACAGUCGCAUCAAGAAAGCCUAGCGAAACUCAUUCAAAAGGCGCUAUGCUCGCUCCCACCCGACGAUGGCGCAGCAGCAUCGCAUAUAUUACCAAAGACUGGAUCUACGCGACGUCGUCUACCUGAUUUUAUCUCCGCAACAAGGGGUCCCGGCAUGCGAUCCAAUCUCUCGGUCGGAUUAGACACAGCUAAGGGGUUGGCAGUUGCAUGGCAGAUCCCUCUUGUAGGGGUACAUCAUAUGCAAGCGCAUCUCCUGACGCCUCGACUCGUCUCCGCUCUCGAUAGCUCCUCACCUAUCGACCAACUACAACCCAAAUUCCCUUUUCUCUCUGUACUUGUCUCCGGCGGCCACUCAAUGCUUGUUCAUACAAAGUCACUACUUGAUCACGAGAUCCUAGUUACGACAGCCGAUAUCGCCAUCGGCGAGACACUGGACAAGUCGGCACGGCUUAUACUUCCAGAGUCUAUAAUAGAAUCGGCAAAUACAACCAUGUACGGCAAACUACUGGAAACAUUUGCGUUUCCCAAUGGUCCCGCAGAUUACGCCGACUACCAACCGUUAAAGACCCGUGGGGAGGAAGUCGUGAAACCCGAUAAGGAUACUUGGGGAUGGUCCUUUACUACUCCGUAUGCCAAUACCCGAGAUCUGAAAUUCAGCUUCUCGAGCGUCUCAAGUACCGUCGGCAAGAUCAUGGCCAACAAGGCAAAAUCAGGUGUUGAGGUGACGCAAGACGAAAGGGUUGCUCUUGCACGGGAGUCGAUGCGUGUUUGUUUCGAGCAUCUAGCCUCAAGAACCAUCAUUGCUCUAGAGCAACUACAAAAGCAGUCCAAAUUUAAUCACCGUCAUCGUCAACAAGUCGAUACGUUAGUCGUCAGUGGCGGAGUCGCUGCCAAUCGAUUUCUCAUGACAGUCCUACGGUCGUUCCUGGAUGUGCGUGGAUUUCCACACAUCCAGGUCAUUGCUCCGCCCCCAUAUCUCUGCACAGAUAAUGCGGCGAUGAUCGGAUGGGCUGGCAUAGAAAUGUUCGAAGCAGGCUAUUCGACAAAUCUCAGCUGUAGGGCAAUUCGGAAGUGGAGUUUGGACCCCAGUGCUGAGGACGGUGGCAUUUUAGGGGCAGAAGGGUGGUGGAUCAGGGGAGAGAAAGUAGAUUCUUAG